CAGUUUUGGCAAGUAAACUCGCGUUACCGCUUUAUCCAGCAUCUGUCAGCUCGGAGAAUAGGUCCACCCAUCAUAAAUAGAUAUAACACCGAGUUUAAGUAUCUACGGUAAUGUGUUUUUGAUCAAAUGUGUCGUAGCGCGUGAGCGUUAAUGGUGGGCUGCCUCUAAAAGUUCUCUCAAGUUGUUCAAAGUGUUGAAGAGAAUAAUGGUUCUUCAAAGAGACGAACUUCAAUGAAAUAAUGGUUUCUUUCAUCAGUAGUAGGUGGUGGAGAUGGAAGUGCCUGAAGAUUCUCCCUGUUACCCUGCUGCUGAUGUGCCUUCCGACUUCAGUAGCACCGAGCUGCCAGAGUAGCAUCAGCUGCAAUGUGGUGCUCACCGACUCCCAUGGCUCUUUCACCUCCCCCUGCUACCCCUCUGAGUACCCAUCCAGUCAAGCCUGCGAGUGGACCAUACAGGCCCCAGCUGGCUUUAUAGUUCAAAUCACCUUCCUAGAUUUUGAGCUUGAGGAAGCGCACGGCUGCAUCUAUGACCGCAUCGUCGUCAGCACUGGUGCAAGUGAUGUCAAAUUUUGUGGCUUAACAGCCAAUGGACUAACACUCAACUCCACUGGAAAUGUGAUGGUGGUUUCCUUUAAUUCAGACUUUAGUGUUCAAAAGAAAGGUUUCCAUAUAAGUUACAAGCAAGUGGCAGUGGUACUGAGGAACCAGAAGGUCACUAUGCCAAAGACCAGCAAGAAUACAGUGAGAUUGAGCAAUUCAGUCACAUUCCCUGCACUUACUGCAUUCACAGUGUGCUUUGAGAUUGCCCGCACUGCCACAAAGAGCACAGAGACCAUCUUUACCUACACUGAUGCAGCUGGGACAUCUGUUUUGGCAUUUGAGAAGACAGCAAGAGGUAUGGAGAUGUUCAUAGGCAGUUCCUCCUGCUCUGUAAAUAACCUUAUCACCAGCUCAGAUAUCACCUCCAGCAUGAUGCCAAUCUGCCUCACCUGGACCAAGUCCUCUGGGCUUGUGGCAGUAUACUUUGGAGGCAACUAUCACACCAACACCUGUUCGGCCACUAAGAUUUACACCCUGCAGAGUGGAGGACUCUUCCAGCUUGGAGGACAAGGAUCUAGUGAGGUCAGUGUUGACAAUCAGAACUUGGAUGGCUUCAUUUACAAUUUCCGAUUGUGGGAUCACGCCAUGGCCGUUGCUGAGCUCUCUGCCCUCACCUGUGAUAAAAAGGGUAACGUCAUUGACUGGGAUCAUAGCUUCUGGACCAUCCCAGGCUCUUACACAGAGACUGACAGCACACUCAGCUGCAUCUGUUACCCAAAUUGCAUACAUUUAACAACUGCUUCAACUAGUGGCACUGUCAUACCAACGCUUGCCCCAGGAACACCAGGUUGUACUUCCCCUGGACUGGGCUGCCCAGCCACAUUAACAGUUACCACCGCAUCCACUGCCACCACUAACACGAUUUCUACUAAUGCAGCAACCCACGCUAUUACUACUACUCUUUCAUACGCAUCUACUCCUAGCAUGCCUCUAACCACACGUUCUGCUGCUGCUACUAACCCGCCUCUGUCCAACAGCAAAACCAGUGAGGGCAUUUUCUACAAGAUUUCCUUAGGGGUAAAUGAUGUACAAGCAAACACCCAAGAAAGUGAUGUUGAGAUGAUGAUAGCUCAAUGGCUCAAUCAAACCUUUCAGAACUGGAUCUACAGAGUUUAUGUUGAUAAUGUCAAGUUUGGACCUAAAACUGUUCUUUCAAGGGCCACGUCUAUCCGAUAUACCUGCAUGGCCUUGCUUGUGUAUAAGAAUACCAGUGAUGCAGUUCUAACAGUGGCAGAGAUUGAAAACAGGCUGAGAAGUGCCCCUGCCAUAGGAAAUGACUUGAUAUUGGACAGCGUGAUGGUGAAAUCAAUGGAAAACUGCCAGUCAGAGAAGGUUCCAUUUCACUACAGAUGGCCAGAGAGCAGACCGACAGUCACACAGUAUGUCCCCUGUUUCCCUUACAAAGAGCAGAAUGCAUCCAGGACAUGCAUGAUUAGCCCAGAUAAUUAUACAUCAAUCUGGGCUUCUCCAGAUCUCAGAAACUGCACUGAUAUAGAGGACAUUCCAGUUUCACAAGAGAAUGCAAUAGAAGUGGCUGUGCAGCUUGCUGAUAUCAGCAAUAAUGAGCUCUCUACGGAAGAGGUGACAAAGGUUGUCUCCAAGGUGAAGGAGCUGGUGAAUGUAGCCAAAAUUAAUGCCACUCUAGCCAACACUGUGGUCAGUAUAAUCUCCAACGUUAUGAUCAGCUCAGAGGAUGCUCAACUGGCUGCCUCCAAGAUAGCACUCAAAACAGUGGAUGAACUGGUGCAGAAGAUUGAGUUUGAUGGACCCUCUGUGGCCAUCACAUCCAAAUACCUGGCUCUGGGAAUCUCUGCCCUCAACACAAGCAAUUUCAAUGGGACCACUUUUAGUGCAUAUAUAGACAUCAACUCGACAGACCCUCAGAUUAAUUUUGAUUCAGAGGCCCAGAACGCUUUGGCUGUGGUCACACUGCCUCCCACACUUUUACACAAUCUGAGUAAUACACAAAUGAAAAGAGCAUCCAGAAUAAACUUCAUAUUCUUCAGCAAGACUGGACUCUUUCAGCACUUUGGAUCAUUCAUGGAUAAACAAAGUAAUGGCCGGUUCUUGAACAGCUAUGUGGUGGCUAGUAGUGUGGGCAACUUCAGCAUUAAAAACUUGCAGGAUCCAGUCAAGAUAGAGAUUGCCCAUUUGGAGUACCAGAGAGAACCAAAACCUCUUUGUGUGUUUUGGGAUUUUAACAUCCAAACUGGCAUAGGGGGCUGGAGCAGUGAAGGCUGUGUGGUCAGUCUCGAGUCCAACAGCAACAGGACCGUCUGCUUGUGUAACCACCUCACACACUUUGGCAUCCUAAUGGACAUCUCUGGAGCUGCUACACAGAUUGAUGAGAAGAACAACAGGGUUCUCACCUUCAUUUCCUACAUCGGCUGUGGCAUCUCAGCCGUUUUUUCAGCAGCAACGCUGCUCACGUACAUCGCUUUUGAGAAGCUGCGGCGAGACUAUCCCUCCAAGAUCCUGAUGAAUCUCAGCACUUCAUUGCUCUUCCUCAACAUGGUGUUUCUCCUGGAUGGAUGGUUGGCCUCAUAUGAAAUGGAGGGACUGUGUGUGACAGUGGCUGUCUUUCUGCACUUUUUCCUUCUCACAUCCUUCACCUGGAUGGGCUUAGAAUCCAUCCACAUGUACAUUGCCUUGGUCAAGGUCUUCAACACCUACAUACGGCGAUAUAUACUCAAGUUCUGCAUUGUAGGGUGGGGUGUUCCGGCUGCAAUUGUUGGCAUUGUGUUGGCAGUGGGCAAAAAUUCCUAUGGAAAGAAGUACUAUGGAAAAAGCGAGAAUGGAAAGAGCCAAUCAGAAUUCUGUUGGAUUCAUAGUCCGGUGGUAUUCUACGUAACAUGCGUGGGCUACUUUUCCAUGAUCUUCCUACUGAAUGUUGCCAUGUUCAUCGUGGUCAUGAUCCAGAUCUGCGGGCGUAAUGGCAAGCGCAGCAACAGGACACUGCGAGAGGAGAUAUUGCGUAACCUGCGCAGCGUGGUCAGCCUGACAUUCUUGCUGGGCAUGACCUGGGGCUUUGCGUUUUUCGCCUGGGGCCCAGUCAGCCUGGCCUUCAUGUAUCUCUUCUCCAUUUUCAACUCAUUGCAGGGGUUAUUCAUAUUUGUGUUUCACUGUGCUCUGAAAGAAAAUGUACAGAAACAAUGGAGGAGAUACUUGUGCUGUGGAAAGUUCCGCUUGGCAGACAAUUCAGACUGGAGCAAGACUGCUACUAAUAAUACAAAGAAAGUGAGUUCUGAUAACCUGGGCAAGUCCCUGUCAUCCAGCUCCUUUGGCUCCACUACAGCCAACUGGACAUCUAAAGCCAAAGCCACACUAAACCCCUUUGUCAGGCACAGUAAUGCAGGUAAAAGUUUCUCCAAUCAGUGCAGUCCUAAAUGCAGCCCAUCCGAUGGAGAGGCCUCCUCAUCCAUCCUCCCCGUGCACCAGGUCCUGGACAAGGUGAAGGGCUUCUGCUCCAUACGCUCUGACAACUUCUACAAAAACAUCAUCAUGUCAGACAGCUUUAGCCACAGCACUAAAUUCUAAGGAGAAGGGGCUAAGAUGACGCCCUCCCAUGUCCCACAGACUCACCUUGAGCAAUAGAAAGACAGAAUCAUGUUUAUACUCUACUAUAUUGAGCUAACCCUCCCAGCCUCCUUUCUACCCCUUCCCAACCGGAGUAGAGAAAUGUAUAACCCUGUAGAGAGGGCAAGCUAUGAAAGUGUGGAUUUUACAUACUGUGAUAUUCAGCUAAUACUGACUAUGUGAUCUGUAAAUAAUCAUAAUAUAUUUGACUGUUUGUGCUUUUUCUUUGUCUUUUUUUUCUACAUUUUUUGGUGCCUUCUGUAUAUAAAAUGUAUACAUUCUUACUACAACAUAUCUUAAUCUUCUUUAGAGAGAAAGUGGGACAAUUUCAUGACCAAAGACCAUCAAACAUGAGGAAUAGUCCACUAUUCCUUUGUUAGGAACUGAAAGAACAGGAACGGUUGGAGCUUGAAUUUUCCUGCUUGUGAAUUUUGCAUUUGUUGUUUUUUGUCAGAGUUAGCUUCUCUUAUCCCAAGUAGUCAAGUUUAAAUGUUUAAUGUAAAUUAGUGAGCCUUUAAUCCUUUUAUUUUGUAACUAUUUAAAUGUUCUAUUUUUGUCUUUACACGAUCUACUACUGAUUAAUGUGUUACAGAAAACUUUGUUGUUUCAAUGUUUCAAUCGUUUCAAUGCUGUUCCAGACUGCUCCAACAGAAGGGCAGAAGACUUAGAGCAGUCAGGUUAGAAAUUCAUAAGUAUAGUAAUUCCAACUUUCAAAUGCCUCUGUUAUGUGACAAUGGAAAAAAACAGCUAAAAAAACAAAUCUAUCAAAUCAGAUAUUGCUGUAGUUUAAUGAAAUUCUUAUUUGGACUUGGUAUUUAUUUUAAAUGCUUUUAUGAGAUUUCCAUGCUCCGAUGAAGAUAAUGUCAGCAGAGUAAAUGCUUACUAAGGGCUAUUCAGUUUACUCUGGUCUUCAGUGUAGAUCAUCAUUGUAUAGCGUUUAUGGAUGCAGUGUGAAAAUGUGACACUGCAUAUUAAAUGCACUUAAGCCA